AAGAAAGUUCCUUGCAACUUCUUUCUUUUCUUGGACCGCUUUCUUCCCUCUUUUUAAACAUUAAUCCAUCUCUACAUUCAAGUCAUGAUCAAGCUAUCUGCUAUAUAUAUGCUAUGCUCCCCUGCAUAUCACUCAUCAAACACCCUUUUCACUCAAGUCUAACUCCUGUAUUUUUUGUUACACAUUAAGAAGUUCAGCUAGAAAUUGUGAUCCUAUUUUCAUAUCAUAUAUACUCACUGUCAAGUCUUGUUCAUUAUUUUGUUUAAAGGCCAAUUUACUUCUGAAUAUACAGAAAAUGGGGAUUUCUGGUACUCUGGAGUACUUGUCUGAUCUAAUGGGAAGUGGUUACCACCACCACCACAAGAUGAAGAAGAAGAAGCAGUUACAGACAGUAGAGCUAAAAGUGAGGAUGGACUGUGAUGGCUGUGAGCUUAAGGUCAAGAAAACCCUCUCUUCACUAAGUGGGGUAAAGUCAGUGGAGAUAAACCGUAAACAGCAAAAAGUGACAGUAACUGGUUAUGUUGAGCCAAACAAGGUGCUAAAGAAGGCUAAGUCAACAGGGAAGAGAGCUGAGAUUUGGCCUUAUGUGCCUUACAACUUGGUGGCUCAUCCAUACGCUGCUCCAGCUUAUGACAAGAAGGCUCCUGCUGGUUAUGUGAGGAGAGUUGAAACCACUGCUGCAACUGGAACAGUGACAAGAUAUGAAGACCCUUACAGCAACAUGUUCAGUGAUGAGAACCCUAACGCCUGCUCUAUCAUGUAGACAACGAUGUUUUUUUUUUAUGUAAAUUUUAAAUUUUCAGCGUAGUAUGUUAAUUAUGUUAUUUUGUUUUUCCUGUCUCUUUUUCUGGUCAAUUUCCAACCUUUUGGUUUUCCCAGAGUGUAGUCUGUGUAGACUUUUCUUUGCAUAGAAAAGGAUGAGAAGAGACCUGUGUUGCUGUUAUCAUUGUUUUCCUAAUUUUAGCUUCAGCUUUUGGGAC